AGUUACUUCACGGUUGAAACUACCCAGGUCUGAUAAGAUGGCUUCUAGAUUCGUCAAGGCUCUUGUCACGAUCUUCGUACUCCAGACUCUGACCCCGCCCUCCUACCCCAUACGGCAGUGUGCCUCCAACAGUUUCUUCAACAGAUCCACGGGGUUGUGUCAGGAGUGCACCAGGUACUGCCCUGCCGGUACCGUGAUGACAAGAGACUGCCAAAUGGAAGCUGAUGUCGUCUGCAGCCGGCUGCCCUCCGCGUGUGCCUCUGGCUGGUAUCUGGACCGCCGUAAAGGCCGAUGCCGGGAGUGCACCAGGUUCUGCACCGUGCCGCUGGACGUGGUCACCCCGUGCACGAACGACACGGACAUGGUGUGCGGGACGCGCACGAGACCGACUAAGCGGGGCCGACCGGGACCUAAAGCACCGAAGACAACCCCUACCGUCCCCUUUCCCACCCCGCUAGUAACCACCCACCGCCCAUCAGAAGAAAUCAACCCAGCAACGACAUCCAGGCCAGGUCAACGGGUUCCUACCACUUCCAUAAAACUCCAGCCGAAUGUAACGGAGGAAGCACCUCAAAACGUGGCCACCGAAAGUGCUUCAACCACAGACCAUGCGCACAAGACUGUCUUUUCCGAGGAUUUAGACGUGUCCACAGACGUUCCGGCGUUACAGAGCGAUCGGAGUCUUCCGGAACCGAAACGAAUUUCGCCUAGUGGUGGGGGCGGGGUCCUGUCGACGCAACAACAGACCGACGACACCAAGUUUUACCUCUGGAUUGCCGUCAGCGUCCUGGUCAGUGUCGUGGUCGUUGUCGUCGCGUCGCUUGCGGUCUACUGCACGGGCUUGAAGUGUCGAGACUGCGCUGGAGAGAAGGCCCAGAAAAUGGGCGAGGCUGGAAGUGGUGGGAUGCAACGCGCAGUAGACAACACUCAAGACGAAGGAGGCUUGCCAAUUGAUCUCCAACUCCCUGGCCCUACUUCGCUUCAACCACCGCCUCAAUUCCGCGGCAGCAUCGGUGGUCCGAAUCCAACAGCAUCUCUUGCAAUCGAAGACGAAUGCGCAGAGGUAGAAUCUUGCGCAUGCGCAACCUCCAUCCCACCCUCCAUCGGGCACGCGAGAUGGAGCUACGAAGAGGGUAGCUACCACGGGCGGAGUUCGAGUCUGAGCAACAUGUACCCGCCGGCGUCUCGUCCCCUAGUGGCGCCCUCUAGGGUGAUGCUGCGCUCGGAUGGAACCACGGAGACGCAGUUGACCCACUGCGCGUGUGUGGGGGAUGUCUACAGCGGACACCACUGUUGCCAUGGGAGACACGGCCCUGUGGGAAUCGCCUUCCAUCCUCUGCCGUCAAACUGUUCCAUGUCGACUUUUUCAGUGGUGUCUGGGGGCAGUGAAUACACGGUUUGAAACCGAACACUAUAGACAUUUGUACAAAGAAAAAUGUUAUAUAGAUCUACAGAUUCUGUGCACACGUUUCCCAGGAACAGUGCGUCCACCCACUCGUAAUGGACCGAUCCAGUAAGCCCCGCCCGCUGCGGAAGUGAGCAAAUUAACAAGUGGGGAAUUCGAAUUGAAUAGUCUUACGGUUUAAUCUGGCGGUGGACCUGGAUACCAGGAGCAGAUAAGUGACGUCACAUGA